AAAAAUUAAACAGCUUUUUACGCGUUUGAACAGCAUCAUUCAUGAUGACGAUAAAUUCGUUGUUCUGGCAUCUUUUUUCGCCAGCGUGUGAGUCAGCUUAGUAUUAACUUCACAUGGUUAAAUGAAUACGUUUGGUUCCCAUAAACGGUUAAGAUUAAGAUCGCAUGAAGGAAAAUCGUAGGAAAUCACCUAGUGAGACAGACAUAUAAUUUAAGUGAGAACAAUACUAGACAGGCCCUGGCUGCCAUCAUUUGUAGCUCAUUGUGUCCAUUGAGGCUCCUGGAGCAUCAAAGAUUGCAUAUGGUGAAACACUGAAAGCAAUACAGAUUGCGUUAGAUGAGACCCCAGAGGCCAGGUUAACUGCAUUGGAUGUGGUACUAAACCGAUUUUACAUUGUGUUGGGUGAGACAGCCUCUUAGCUGUUAGAUAACGACCUGAAAAAUGACUGCGGGACACUUUAGGAGCAGUGCUUGGGAUCCAUUUCUAAUAAUUGCUCAGAUUAUUUCCAUGCAGAGUGCUUUCUAUGUGGGCCUAGGAGUCUGGAUUGCUAUGGUGGACUUUGUUGCAGGAGCAGAUAGGUCACUGGAACAGUUUUUUAAAUAUGAGGAACUUCAGUUUAAAGAAUUCACAGGAAGAUUAAUCAUGGGUGCUUUUGUUUUAAAUUCUUUAACAUGUGCAUUGGGCUUGUGGUACACAGUCAAGAGGACAAAGCUUUGUUUAGACUUUGCCAGUACCGUCCAUCUUAUCCACUUGGUGGUGUGCUGGGGAUACAAUGCAAGGUUUCCUUACACAGUCUCCUGGUGGCUAGUGAACAUCAUCUGUAUAGUACUCAUGACUGUUCUGGGAGAGUUCUUAUGUAUGAGAAGUGAACUAAAAGCAAUACCAUUGGGAAUGGGACCCAAGGCAGAUUUAUAGCUCUGGACAUGGGUAACUUAUGGCUUAAAUUUUUGGAUU